AUGUUGUGCAAUAUAUGGCUAGUACAUUUACAUUUAACCGAUGAUGAGGAUCAACAACUAUCACAACUACAAGAAUAUUUAAGAAAGGAAAUUGGUGAUUCGCCAACAUUAUUAACAUUAGCUAAGUUUCUAAUUUAUAUCAAUGAAAAUGAACGAGCUGACAGAUAUUGUCAAUUAUUAUUUAAAGAAUUGCCAGGCGAUCAUCAAGAUACUAGUUUAAUAUUUCAUCGUUUAGGGUCAAUUUGUUAUCAUACGGGAAAAUACAAACUGGCAUUGGAAAAUUUUGAAUAUUCACGUGACAUUUAUGCAUUGCAGAAUAAGGAUAAAAUUUCAAAUGAAAACUUGAGAAAACUAAGAAAAAGAUGGAACAUUGAUCAAGAUGCUCUUUUAUCCGAUCAUUACUCAAUCGAACAAGUCACUCAAACUUUGUUAUCCCUCACAUUAUCGGAUGCUAUUUCUUCUAUAAGUACAAAAACUACUGAUCUAUCGUUAAGCGAUAUAUACGCUGAUAUUGCUCGUGUAUACUUAGACAAAUGUGAGUAUAAACUUACACUACGCAACUGUGAAAAAGCAUUAGAAACAAAACAUUUUACGGUUAAUGAUUUACCAUUGAUGGAAACAUACACAAUUAUCGGUGUGAUAUGUUGCAAGACCGGUUAUGGUUCAAUUGCAAUGAAAUAUUUUGAGAAAACAUUACAGAUGUGCUCUCAACAUUUACCAUCUGUUCACCCCUCAAUGGUAAAGGUUUAUUGCAACAUGGGCUUAGCAUAUAAAAAUCAAACAAAUCUUAAUGACGCAUUAUACUUUACCAACAAGGCACUUCAAAUGCGACUUCAAUGUGCACCACAACAACAUUUGGAUACCAUUCGCAUAUAUAAUCAAAUUGGCCAAAUUUAUAUUGGACAGAAUGAAUAUGAUAAUGCAUUAAAUAUACUUCAACAAGCUCUUCAUGUUUGUGCACAAGCUCGACAACUAAAACAUCCAUUAACUGGUGAGAUUAAUUAUUACAUUGGUAUUGCGUAUAUGAAACAAGGACGAAACACUUUGGCUUUAGACCAUUUUCAAACAGUACUCAAGAUCUCAGAUGUUAACGACCGGUUAAUCCGUGAAACAUAUUUCGGGAUGGGCUGCAUCUAUGAAAUACAACACAAUAGUGACACUGCAUUGUUGUAUUACCAUGCGGCAUUGAAAAUUUUACAAUCAGAUUAUGACGUUACAUUACAAAACCUAAUUAAACAUAAAAUUAGUAUGAUUGAAAAAUCCAGAGUUUCGACUGAAUCGGCUUCCAAAAGCAAGGUAGAACAGCUGCAAAAGCUGUUCGCUACCAUCGACCGAAGUGCCCAACAUAUCCCUGCUACACAGAUACAACGCUUCUUGACAGAGAUGUAUGAACUAAGUGAACAUAAAAGUCCACGAUUGUUUAUUGUUUUGCUGGAUGAAAUGAGUAAAUCUAAACCAAUUAUUACAAGUGCUGACAUUGUACAACGACAAUAUCGGCUGUAUUUCUUAUGUGAAACUUCAACAAAUGAAAGAGUUCUUCAUUUCACAUCUCACGAAGGUUAUGUCAUUCGUCAACCACGAGAAUUCUUUCAAAUAUACGCAUCCUAUCUACGAACAAUGAUUUAUGUUGUCAAGAUAUUAUUAUCAAUCGCACAUAAUGUCGCAUCACAAAUAUCUGAUUCGUUAGAAACCAUUCAAAUGCCUCAUCUAUUAACAGGAGAAAACAGUAAUGAAUAUAUAAACCAAGGCCUUGACCAAAUCAAUAAAGUAUUGAGUCUGAUUGAUAGGGACUAUGCUCAAUAUGGUCACUCAUUAUUCCAAAACUCAUCAUUAUCAUUAUAUUGUUUACAGUUUCAACAAUUGAAGGACUACCUAGAAAUAUCCGACAAAAUUUGUUCGUAUGGUAAUUUAUGCUGCACGACAACUGAGAAAGGUUGUGUUCGGUGGGUGUGUAGCGCUCAUUACCAUCAAAACGUUGUUUGCGAUUCAUCAGAUCACCAGAGAGGAUCACACGUUGUUCAUUUGAGAAAAUAUAAUGAUGAAGUAGGAACAGCAAGUAAUGAUAUUCGAGAGAUGUCUGAAUUAACUGAAAAAAAACAAUCAGUUGCACAUCCCAUGAAAACGAAUACAAUAAUUGCAGAUGCUAUGCGAAUAAACAAAACACUAACAAGUAUUGAUAUUUCCUGGAAUAGUGUAUCCGAUGAAGGCGCAACAGUAAUUGCCGAUGCCUUGAAAACCAACGUAACACUAACAAUUGUCAAUGUUGAUCACAACAAUAUAUCGGACGUGGGUGCAAAAGCAAUUGCCGAUACUCUGAAAAUCAACAAAACACUAACAACUCUUAAUAUUCAAAGUAACAAAAUAUCAGAUGAAGGGGCCAUAGCAAUUGCAGAUGCCUUGAAAAUGAACGAAGCAGUAGCUAUUCUUGACGUUUUUGACAACAAUAUAUCUGUUGCGGGUGCAAAAGCAAUUGCAGAUGCUCUGAGAAUAAACGCAACACUGACCACUCUUGAUAUUUCCUGGAAUCGUGUAUCCGGUGCAGGGGCAAUGGCAAUUGCAGAUGCUCUCAGGAUAAACGCAACACUGACCACUCUUGAUAUUUCCUGGAAUAAUGUAUCCGAUGCAGGGGCAAUAGCAAUUGCAGAUGCCUUGAAAAUCAACAGAACAGUAACAACUCUUAAUGUUUCUGAGAACAGUAUAUCGGAUGUAGGUGCAAAAGCAAUUGCAGAAGCUCGCAGAAUAAACACAACAGUAACAAUUCUUGAAAUUCAGCAAAACAAAAUGUCAGAUGAAGGGGCAAAAGUACUUGCAGGUGCCCUGAAAAUGAACAGAACAGUAACAACUCUCAAUAUUUCUUGUAACAAUAUAUCGGAGGCAGGUGCGGAAGCAAUUGCAGAUGCUCUGAAAAUAAACACAACACUAAAAACUCUUGAUAUUUACUGGAAUAGUGUAUCUGAUGCAGGGGCAAUAGCAAUUGCAGAAGCUCUCAGGAUAAACGUAACACUGACGACUCUUGAUAUUUCCUGGAAUAAUGUAUCCGAUAAAGGGGCAAUAGCAAUUGCAGAUGCUCUGACGAUAAACACAACACUCACAACUCUAGAUAUUCUGCAAAACAGAUUAUCACACGAAGGGCAAAAAGCAAUUGCAGGUGCCCUGAAAAUGAACAGAACAGUAACAACUCUCAAUCUUUCCUCUAACAGUAAAUCGGAUGCAGGUGUAAAAGCAAUUGCAGAUGCUUUGAGAAUAAACACAACACUAAGACGUCUUGAUAUUUCCGGUAGUAGUGUAUCCGAUGAAGGGGCAAAAGCAAUUUCAGAUGCUUUGAGAAUAAACACAACACUAAGAAGUCUUGAUAUUUCCAGUAGCAGUGUAUCCGAUGAAGGGGCAAAAGCGAUUGCAGAUGGUCUCAGAAUAAACACAACGCUCACAACUCUUGAUCUUACCAGUAAUAGUGUAUCCGACCAAGGGGCAAAAGCAAUUACAGAUGCUCUGACAAUAAACACAACAGUAAGAAUUCUUGAUAUUCAGCGAAACAAAAUAUCAGAUGAAUGGGCAAAAGCAAUUACAGAUGCCUUGAAAAUCAACAGAACAGUCACAAGUCUUAAUGCUUCUAAGAACAGUAUAUCGACUGUAGGUGCAAAAGCAGUUGCAGAUGCUGUGAGAAUACCAACAGCAGUAACAACUCUUGAUAUUCAGCGAAGCAAAAUAUCAGAUGAAGGGACAACACCACUUGUAGAUGCCUUCAAAAUGAACAGAACAGUAGCAACUCGUAAUGUUUCCAACAACAAUAUAUCGGCCAUCGCAGAUGCCCUGAAAAUCAACACAACCGUAACAACUCUUAAUGUUUCUGAGAACAGUAUAUCCGAUGUAGGUGCAAAAGCAAUUGCAGAUGCUCUCAGAAUAAGCACAACUGUAACAACUCUUGAUAUGCAGCGACACGAAAUGUCAGAUGAAGGAGCAAAAGUACUUGCGGAUGCCUUGAAAAUGAACAGAACAGUAACAACUCUCAAUGUUUCUUUUAACAAUAUAUCGGAGGCGGGUGCAGAAGCAAUUGCAGAUGCUCUGAGAAUAAACACAACACUAAAAACUCUUGAUAUUUACUGGAAUAGUGUAUCUGAUGCAGGGGCAAUAGCAAUUGCAGAAGCUCUCAGGAUAAACGCAACACUGACCACUCUUGAUAUUUCCUGGAAUAGUGUAUCCGAUAAAGGGGCAAUAGCAAUUGCGGAUGCUCUCAGGAUAAACACCACAUUAACAAUCCUUGCUAUUGACCGAAAUAAAAUAUCAGAUGAAGGGGCAAUUGCAAUUGCAGAUGCCUUGAAAAUCAACAGAACAGUAACAACUCUUAAUGUUUCUGAGAACAGUAUAUCGGAUGUAGGUGCAAAAGCAAUUGCAGAAGCUCGCAGAAUAAACACAACAGUAACAAUUCUUGAAAUUCAGCAAAACAAAAUGUCAGAUGAAGGGGCAAAAGUACUUGCAGGUGCCCUGAAAAUGAACAGAACAGUAACAACUCUCAAUAUUUCUUGUAACAAUAUAUCGGAGGCAGGUGCGGAAGCAAUUGCAGAUGCUCUGAAAAUAAACACAACACUAAAAACUCUUGAUAUUUACUGGAAUAGUGUAUCUGAUGCAGGGGCAACAGCAAUUGCAGAACCUCUCAGGAUAAACGUAACACUGACCACUCUUGAUAUUUCCUGGAAUAGUGUCUCCGAUGAAGGGGCAAAAGCGAUUGCAGAUGGUCUCAGAAUAAACACAACACUAAGAAGUCUUGAUAUUUCCGGUAGUAGUGUAUCCGAUGAAGGGGCAAAAGGAAUUGCAGAUGCUCUCAGAAUAAACACAGCUGUAAAAACUCUUGAUAUUCAGCAAAACGAAUUAUCAGCUGAAUGGGCAAAAGCAAUUGCUGGUACCUCGAAAAUGAACAGAACAGUAACAAUUCUGAAUGUUUCUCGUAACAGUAUAUCGGAUGCGGGUACUAAAGCAAAUUUGCUCUGA